GGGUUGGUGUCAGAUGACGCAUGCGCAGUGACUGAAACUGGGCUGUGUGGUAGCGCGUGACGUGCUUAGCAGUUGCCCGCGUCGCGCUAUACAGUGACGUGAAAGAAUCCGGUGAGGCCCGGCCAGCGGUGUAACUAGUCUAUCAUUGAUCCGACUCAGUGCUAGUAAUACACCGGCGCCCAGCUAUUGCACUCACCUUUUACAAUGUAUAGAUAUAAGAUAACGCUGAAAGAUCGUCACCAGCUCUACAAGCUUAUAAUCAGCCAGCUGCUCUAUGAUGGUCACAUUAACAUUGCAAAUGGUUUAAUCAAUGAAGUUAAACUGAAUUCAGUUUGUGCUCCUUCAGAACAGUUACUCCAUCUCAUCAAAGUGGGCAUGGAGAAUGAUGACAGCGCAGUUCAGUAUGCCAUAGGCCGCUCUGACACCGUGGCCCCUGGCACAGGCAUUGACCUUGAGUUUGACGCCGAUGUACAGACGAUGUCUCCAGAAGCCUCAGAGUAUGAGACUUGCUAUGUAACAUCACACAAGGGUCCCUGUCGCGUGGCCACUUACAGCAGAGAUGGACAGCUGAUUGCAACUGGAUCAGCCGACGCCUCCAUAAAGAUCCUGGACACCGAGCGAAUGCUAGCUAAGAGUGCCAUGCCAAUCGAGGUCAUGAUGAACGAGACUGCCCAGCAGAACAUGGAAAACCACCCCGUCAUUCGGACGCUGUAUGACCAUGUUGAUGAGGUCACGUGUCUGGCUUUCCAUCCCACAGAGCAGAUCUUGGCUUCUGGCUCCAAAGACUACACCAUGAAACUGUUUGAUUAUUCCAAACCCUCAGCCAAAAGAGCCUUUAAAUACAUUCAGGAAGCAGAAAUGUUGCGAUCCAUCUCGUUCCAUCCAUCAGGAGACUUUAUCAUUGUUGGCACACAACAUCCCACACUACGGCUCUAUGAUGUGAACACUUUCCAGUGCUUCGUUUCCUGUAACCCUCAAGAUCAGCACACAGACGCUAUCUGUUCUGUCAACUACAACCCCAGUGCCAAUACGUACGUCACUUGCAGCAAAGAUGGCAGCAUCAAGCUCUGGGAUGGAGUCUCAAACCGCUGCAUAACCACAUACGAGAAGGCCCACGAUGGGGCAGAAGUGUGCUCUGCCAUCUUCUCCAAAAACUCCAAAUACAUUCUUUCUAGUGGCAAAGACUCUGUGGCGAAGUUGUGGGAGAUUUCUACUGGACGGAUGUUGGUAAAAUACACAGGUGCUGGACUAAGUGGAAGGCAGGUGCACAGGACACAGGCUGUAUUCAACCACACAGAAGACUAUGUUUUGCUCCCUGAUGAAAGGACAAUUAGCCUGUGCUGCUGGGAUUCCCGAACAGCAGAACGCCGAAACCUCCUCUCCCUGGGACACAAUAAUAUUGUUCGUUGUAUUGUCCACUCUCCCACCAACCCUGGUUUCAUGACCUGCAGUGAUGAUUUCAGGGCCCGGUUCUGGUAUCGCAGAUCAACUACAGACUGAUUUCUGGCUGCUCAGACUCCAACUUCAUCAAAUCGUGGACUCUAGCCUCUAAUGCUAGACCUAUUAAUGUGGCCAAACACGAAAGCCACAAAUGAGGAACAAAUGAUUAAACUGCCACUUUUGUUACCUAUUAUUAGGAGAUGUACAUCGAGUGGGUGAGGAUCUAGUUAGCCAGUCUCGGGGAUGGUUAUACAGUAGGCGCAUACAGAAUAGUGACAUCUCCAGCACACACUGGUAUUAUCCCAGCCUCUGAAAGAGAUCUGUAUAGUGCUGGGGAAGAUCUUUAUUUUCUUCUUUCACUAUAACCAAACAAUAAAACAGAAUCCAACCUGUCUACUGCUUACCGUCACACAGUCCUAUAGCUCCCCAUUUCUGCAUUUUAGAAAAUCUAAUUCACACCAUCUAUCAGCUUAUAAGUUUUCAUUAUUUAAUACCACACUCAGUUGGAGAUGUGCACUGAUGCAAAAAUGUAAUGACCAUUCAUUUAUUUUGUAUCCUAAAAGCCUUUUUUAAUAAUUUCCAAAUAAAGGACUAUUUCUUUUUUAAA